AUGCCUGACGAUGGGAAGAGUAGCGGCACGGGCGUGGCGGUGCUAAACUGGUCCGAUCCGAGGUUGCAGGAGGAGCAGGCGAGCAAGGACACUGGGUGUGAACAAGGGGUAGGGACGGGCGACGCCAAGGGUCUGGGCAUCGUGGAGUUCCUGCGGGGCAAGCACAUCCUCGUCACCGGCGCCACCGGAUUCCUCGCUAAAGCCCUGGUGGAGAAGAUUCUGCGCGAGCAGCCCGACGUGGGACGCCUGUACCUCUUCAUCCAACCGCGUGCCGACCAACCCGCGCAACAGCGCCUCGAGCAGCUCGUGGAGAGCCCAAUAUUCGGGCAUUUGCGGUCAAAGCACGGCAGCGCGUAUGAGCAGUUCAUGGCAGCAAAGCUCGGCGCAGUGGAGGGGGAUAUUUCCAGAGAGGGGCUUGGCCUGAGUCCGUCUGUGUUGGAGGAGAUCCGCAGCAAGGUGCAGGUGGUGAUCAACUCCGCUGCCACCACCACCUUCGAUGAGAGGUACGACGUGGCCCUGAACAUCAACACGCAGGGACCGCGCCGCCUUCUGGAGCUCGCCCAUUCCUGCCCACACCUCCAGCUCCUCCUGCACGUCUCCACAGCAUUUGUGAACGGCAGAAGACACGGUCGCUGCAUGGAAAGGCCCUUCAACUAUGGGGACACGAUUGCUGCAGAGCUGCAGCAGCAGCACAGCACGGUUGCACAGGGGCAGCUGGAUAUCGAGACAGAAAUAGCUCUAGCGGAGAAGGAGAGGCUGGCAGCAGAGGCCGCAGCUGAAGCGCGGGGAAUGAGCAAGGAGGAUGUGCAGGCUGCAGUGCAGAAGCACAUGGUGGACCUGGGCAUGAGCAGGGCACAGCAGUGCGGGUGGCAGGACACGUACGUGUUCACCAAGGCCAUGGCCGAGAUGGUGCUCACGCGUGGACACAAAGACUUGCCCCUCGCCAUCGUGCGCCCAUCCAUAGUGGAGAGCUGCUUGAAUGAGCCCAUGGCGGGCUGGAUGGAGGGCAUGCGUAUGGCGGAUCCAAUCUUGCUUGCAUACGGGAAAGGACAAAUGGCAGGGUUUUUGGCAAACCCGGAUGGUGUUCUUGACAUGGUUCCAUGUGACAAGGUUAUAAAUGCCGUGCUAGCGAUCGCAACGCACACAGCAUCUCUGGGGUAUGGGACGCCUGUCUCUGUGUACCACGUGGCCACCAGCGUGGCCAACCCUCUGGGCAUCCAGCUCGUGGCAGAUGCCACCUCGGACCACUUUGCCCACUCGCCCAUGCUGGAACGCGAUGGCUCUGCUGUCACCGUGCAGCGCAUGCAGGUGUUCCGCCACCCGCAGCUCUUCAUGCUCGACGUCUGGCUCAAGUACCAGCUGCCGCUGCAGCUGGCCAAACUCUUCCCUUGGAACUCAUCCCUUUCGGAUCGCCGCAACAACCUUCUCCUGAAGACAGCACAGCAACUCAGCUACUUGGCCAAGCUAUAUGAACCCUACACCUUCUAUGCUGCCAGGUUUGAUGCAUCCAACACAGAGCACCUCUUUUCAUUGAUGUCUGAGGAGGAGCAGCAGCACUUUAACUUUGACCUGCGGUCCAUUGACUGGCACGCUUAUCUCUGGUUUAGCCCGCCCUCGUCACUCGCGCCCGCCCUCGUCACUCGCGCCCGCCCUCGUCACUCGCGCGGUGGCCGGGAUAGAAUGCCUCCCCUCGUCACGCGUUUCCAUUCGUCACCCGCGCUCCCCUUCGUCACGCGCGUUUCCCUUCGUCACGCGCGUUUCCCUUCGUCACGCGCGCUUCCCCUCGUUGCGCGCUCUCCCCCCCUCGUCACGCGCGUCUCCCCUCGUUACGCGCUAUCCUCCCUGGUCACGCGCGCUUCCCCUCGUGAAGGGCCGAGGGGGAGAGACAGAAGGGGAAGGAUGGAGGGGGAGGAACAGAGGGGGGAGGGCAGCAAGUGGGAGACGAAGGGUGAGAGCAGGUUCUUCCCUCACUCCCUCUGUUUACCCCGCAAACUAACAUCCUUUGCCUCACCUGCUUCCCCCCUCCCUCCUCCCUGCUUCCCCCCUCCCUCCUCCCUGCUUCCCCCCUCCCUCCUCCCUGCUUCCCCCCUCCCUCCUCCCUGCUUCCCCCCUCCCUCCGCCCUGCUUCCCCCCUUCCUCCUCCCUGCUUCCCCCCUCCCUCCGCCCUGCUUCUCCCCUCCCUCCUCCCUGCUUCCCCUCUCGCUCCUCCCUGCUUCCCCCCUCCUUCCUCCCUGCUUCCCCCCUCCCUAUGUCCUGCUUCCCCCCUCCCACCGCCCUGCUUCCCCCCUCCUUUCGCCCUGCUUCCCCCCUCCCUCUGCCCUGCUUCCCCCCACCUCCGCCCUGCAUAACCCCAGCCUCAUAGAGGUGCGCGUCACGCACCAAGUGAGCCUUUGCUUUCCCCAUAUGCCACCCCUCUACCUCGAUCUCACCAUCUUUCCUCUCCCUCCCCAUGUACCUCUCCUCUCCCUCCCCAUGUACCUCUCCUCUCCCUCCCCAUGUACCUCUCCUCUCCCUCCCCAUGUACCUCUCCUCUCCCUCCCCAUGUACCUCUCCUCUCCCUCCCCAUGUACCUCUCCUCUCCCUCCCCAUGUACCUCUCCUCUCCCUCCCCAUGUACCUCUCCUCUCCCUCCCCAUGUACCUCUCCUCUCCCUCCCCAUGUACCUCUCCUCUCCCUCCCCAUGUACCUCUCCUCUCCCUCCCCAUGUACCUCUCCUCUCCCUCCCCAUGUACCUAUCCUCUCCCUCCCCCUCCCUGUUUCCCCCCAUCCCCUUCCCUGCUUCCCCCCAUUCCCCUCCUUGUUUCCCCCCAUCCCCUUCCCUGCUUCCCCCCAUCCCCCUCCUUGUUUCCCCCCAUCCCCUUCCCUGCUUCCCCUCAUCCCCCUCCCUGUUUCCCCCCAUCCCCUUCCCUGCUUCCCCCAUCCCCCUCCCUGUUUCCCCCCAUCCCCUUCCCUGCUUCCCCCCAUCCCCCUCCCUGUUUCCCCCCAUUCCCUUCCCUGCUUCCCCCCAUCCCCCUCCCUGUUUCCCCCCAUCCCCUUCCCUGCUUCCCCCCAUUUCCCUCCCUUCCUCUUGCCCUCUCACUCUCCUUCCCCCCACCCUCUGCCCUGUUCCCACCUGCCCUCCCAAUCCCUGCCUUUCCCUCCCUGCCCUGCCCUUCCCUUCCCCAUCCCUUCUCAACCCUUCCCUUCCUUUUCAUGCCCUCCCCUUCCCCCUCACUCCUCGCCUUCCGCCCUCUAG